ACCUAAGGGCGCUUGGUAACACAGGAGAGCAUCACUGGAAGACAGGAAUAAACUGCUGAGUAAUUAGCACCAAGUGUCUUUAUGCUGAAAUAAUUCACUAAUUAGAAGUUAAAUUACCAACACGGUGCACUAUACACCCGGGAGGGCCUGGGUGAAAUUCGCUGGCGUUGCAAUCGAUAGACCUAACAUAUUCUAUCAAGAGGAUGUCUGUAUCUGUGAUAAUAAAAUGGGGCGGACAAGAGUACUCGAUAACUACACUGUCAGAUGAAGACACAGUGCUGGACCUUAAGCAGUCUAUAAAAACCCUAACAGGAGUUCUUCCUGUCAGACAAAAAUUACUGGGGCUUAAAGUCAAAGGUAAACCUGCAGAAGAUGAUCUUAAACUGGGCACACUUAAGUUGAAACCAAAUACAAAGAUCAUGAUGAUGGGUAGCAGAGAGGAGAGCUUGGAAGAUGUUCUGGCUCCUCCACCUGAAAACGAAGAUGUCGUCAAUGAUUUUGAUAUAGAAGAGGAAGUUAUAGAAGUAGAAAACAGAGAAGAAAACCUGGCAAAAAUAGCCCGCAGAGUUAAAGAAUAUAAGGUGGAGGUUUUAAACCCACCUCGAGAGGGCAAAAACCUGCUUGUAUUAGAUGUGGACUACACCCUGUUUGACCACAAAUCUUGUGCGGAGACUGGGUUAGAGUUAAUGAGACCGUAUCUUCAAGAGUUUCUCACGUCCGCGUAUGAAGACUAUGAUAUUGUUAUCUGGUCUGCUACCAGCAUGAAGUGGAUUGAGGCUAAAAUGAAAGAGCUGGGAGUGACAAACAACCCAAACUACAAGAUAACCUUCAUGCUAGACAGUGCUGCUAUGAUCACUGUGCAUACCCCUAAAAGAGGUGUGGUGGAGGUUAAGCCUCUGGGUGUAAUAUGGGGCAAGUAUGCAGAGUUCUAUAACAAGAAAAAUACUAUCAUGUUUGAUGAUAUUGGAAGGAACUUUCUGAUGAAUCCACAGAAUGGACUAAAGAUUAAACCCUUUAUGAAAGCACAUUUAAACCGUGAAAAAGACAAGGAGCUUCUCAAGCUAUCCCAGUAUCUCAAAGAAAUUGCAAAGCUUGAGGACUUCUCAGAGCUCAACCACAAGCACUGGGAGAGGUAUCUUUCAAAGAAGCAAAGCCAAUAGAACUUAUCAGAGAUGACCCUUUUGUGGACCAUUACUUACAGGGAGUAGUGCUGGACACUGAAAAAAAUGCCCAGAAAAAGAAUGCCCAGGGAUUCCCUGCAUUCUCUUCUGCUGUACACGAAUACAAGCAGGAACACAUGUUUUAUCACAGACACAGAUCCUGAAGGAUUUUCUGCCUAUAUGUUUUUCAUUACUCUGGACAAUAUCAGCAAUGUCACACAAACUUGCCUGUAUAUUUGAGUUACAGGUAACCAAAUAUAUUUACAUCCCAAUACAUUGAUAUUGUUACCAGUGUAAAGACAUCAUUAUGUGCCCAAAGGAAAUCCCCCCAGCCAGAGACACACACACACAUGUGCUGGAGUACUUAAAAUACAGUAAUAUGGUAUAAAGUUGUCAAUUAUACAGACUUUAAAUAGAAAUUUAUCUCAAUGGCUUUAUUGGUAAUCAAAAAAUGUGUUACCCUGACAAGUCUGCAGAAAUUUUCUACUAGUAAUUGUUGCCAGUUGAUGAUACAGUUUGAAUUGCCAGUACCUUUUUUUCAAAGGUAAACACUUCCUAUUGUUGGUACAUUUUGACUUUUUUUUUUUUUUUUAAACCAAUUGUUAUUGUUGUUAUACUGUUAUCAUUUUGCAAGUGGAAUUCACCCAGUAAGGCCAUCAGAAUUGAUAGCCAAUUUUACUCGUACUUUGGGUAGAUAUUUAUCCGUAAAGAGUUGAAACAAUAAGCUGUAAAGGGUUGGUAAUCCUGACUGAGUUUAGAAUAUGGAGUUCUGUUAAAAUACACUUUUUUGAAUCAGUAAGAUGGCGGAUCAGGGUUGUGUAAUUUAAAGAUGGGAGAUUGUUUGUGUCUCGUUCAGAUUUCAUUUGUUAUUGGUUUACAAAAAGCCCUUUUUAUGUUUUUUUGUUUUUUGUAGCCAAGUUUGAGUUUAUUAAAAUAAUAGUAUUUUGUCUAUUUUUGUAAGACCACACAGUGGAUUCCAGCAGAUUUGUGGUCAAGAAUUAAAUUAUUAAAACAUAUUUGCAAAAGAACCCCUGGAACCUAGGGAUGUCUGGGUUUUUGCCUUAGAAAGAGGCUCCGGUAUCCAGCAUCCUGUCUGUAUUUACUGCCCCCAUCUCCUCACCUCAGUAUAUACCUUGAUACCACACCUCAUGAUGGAUCAUUGACUCUCCACUCAAGAUAAUUUCUGUCAGUACUGUAACCUGCCCAAACACAUCCUACCUAGGCUGGAAAGACACACGGGCUGUUGAUAAAGCAGUUAUGGCCAAAAGUUUUGCAUCACCCUAGGAGAGAUAUAUGUGAACAUAAUUUAGGUGUUUUAUUUAACAUU